AAUUAUUCCCCUGCUACCACCAGCACCAGUGAGUGACAGUGUCUCACCGCGCCGCCUCAAUUGCCGUGCGGUGUCUGCUGUGUCGUCUCUCGUCGUGUUCCCUUCCCGCGCCCGGGCGAGAACGUGAAGUCCCUUGUUGCUUUCCAUGCCUCCAACCUACCCCCACGCCCUCGCUCACGGGCCUCCUCGCCAAUCCAGCUCCUCUCCUUCCUUCCAACCAUGCUCACACCAAAACCCCCAGCUCGCCCACUGUACCACCACCUCUAGCCAGAUCCACCACCCCUGCCAUUACCAUAUCAGUCACUCCAUCCUCCACUCUACACUCUACAGGCAACAAUGGCGGCUCCUCCUCCAAAGCCAAUGCUGCUGCAGCUCAUCCUACUGUUCUUCUUCGUCUUCGUCGCGUCGUCGGCUUCAGCGGCGGCGGCGGACAUGCCGAUGCCGGUGAACGAGGAAGUGCUGGGCCUCGUCGUCUUCCGGUCCGCCCUCGCCGACCCGUCCGGCGCGCUCUCCGCCUGGUCCGAGUCCGACGCGACGCCCUGCGGCUGGGCGCACGUCGAGUGCGACCCGGCCACCUCCCGCGUCCUCCGGCUCUCUCUCGACAACCUCUUCCUCUCCUCCACCUCCGGCACCGGCGGCAUCCCGCGCGGCCUCGACCGGCUCCCGGCGCUCCAAUCCCUCUCCCUCGCAGGCAACAACUUCUCCGGCAAUCUCUCCCCCGGCCUCUCCCUCCUUGCCUCCCUCCGCUCCCUCGACCUCUCACACAACGCCUUCUCCGGCAAUCUCCCCGAGGACUUCCCCUUUCUCCCCGCGCUCCGGUACCUCGACCUCACAGCAAACUCCUUCUCCGGCUCUCUCCCGACAUCCUUCCCUUCCACGCUCCGCUUCCUCAUGCUCUCCGGGAACGCCUUCUCCGGCCCGGUUCCUCUCGGGUUAUCCAACAGCGCUCUGCUUCUCCACCUCAACGUGUCCGGGAACCAGCUCUCGGGCACGCCGGACUUCCCCAGCGCGCUCUGGCCGCUGUCCCGGCUCCGCGCGCUCGACCUGUCGAACAACCGGCUCUCCGGCCCCGUGGCCGCCGGCAUUGCCAGCCUCCAUAAUCUGAAAACCGUCGACCUCAGCGGCAACCGGUUCUCCGGGGCUAUCCCAGCCGACAUCGGCCUCUGCCCGCACCUCAGCAGGAUCGACCUCAGCUCCAACGCCUUCGACGGCGCGCUCCCGGGCUCCAUCGGGGCUCUCUCCUCGCUCGUCUUCUUCUCCGCCUCCGGCAACCGGCUCUCCGGCCAGGUGCCUUCCUGGUUCGGCGGGCUGACAGCGCUCCAGCACCUCGACCUCUCCGACAACACGCUCACGGGUACAUUGCCUGAGUCUCUUGGUCAGCUCAAGGACCUCGGGUUCCUCAGCUUCUCCAAGAACAAGCUCGUUGGCAGCAUCCCGGAGUCCAUGUCCGGCUGCACCAAGCUCGCGGAGCUCCAUUUGAGAGGCAACAUCCUCAGCGGCGCCAUCCCCGAAGCUCUGUUCGACCUCGGGCUCGAGACGCUCGACGCGUCGGGGAACGCGCUCACGGGCGCCCUGCCGCCGUCGCCGGGGCUGGCGGAGACGACACUGCAGUGGCUCGACCUCUCGGGAAACCAGCUUACCGGUGCCAUUCGGGGACUCUUCGUCAACCUCCGGUACAUGAACCUGUCCGGUAAUCCUCUGCGCGCGCAGCUGCCGCCGGAGCUUGGUUUGCUCCGCGACCUCACGGUGCUCGACCUCCGCGGCUGCGGGCUCUACGGGCCGGUGCCUGCCGGCCUCUGCGAGUCCGGCAGCCUCGCCGUGCUCCAGCUCGACGGCAACUCCCUCUCUGGCCCCAUUCCCGACAGCAUCCGGAAAUGCUCUGCUCUCUACCUUCUGAGCUUGGGGCACAACGGACUGAGCGGGCAGAUACCGGCGGGGAUCGGGGAGCUGAAGAAGCUGGAGAUCCUGCGGCUGGAGGACAACAAGCUGAGCGGCGAGAUACCGCAGCAGCUGGGCGGGCUGGAGAGCCUCCUGGCAGUGAACAUCUCGCAUAAUCGGCUAGUUGGGCGGUUGCCGUCGUCGGGCGUGUUCCAGAGCCUGGACGCGAGCGCCAUCGACGGCAACCUCGGCGUGUGCAGCCCGCUGGUGAAGGAGCCCUGCCGGAUGAGCGUGCCCAAGCCGCUCGUGCUCGACCCCAACCAGUACGCCCACGGCAACAACAGUGGCGACGACAUUGGUACGAACAACGGCGGCGAUGGCGAUGGCGAGGCGGCGCCGAGGAAGAAGCGGCGGGUGCUGAGCGUGUCGGCCAUGGUGGCCAUCGGGGCGGCGCUGGUGAUCGUGCUCGGCGUCGUGGUGGUCACAUUGCUCAACGUGUCGGCGCGGCGGAGGGCCGGCGCCGGCCUGCUGCUCCCGGAGACGAAGGAGCUGGAGAGCAUCGUGUCGGCCAGCACGAGGACGACGAAGACGUCGACAGGCAAGGCUGCCAACACCGGCAAGAUGGUGACGUUCGGGCCUGGGACGAACAGCCUCCGCAGCGAGGACCUCGUGGGCGGCGCCGACGUGCUGCUGAGCAAGGCGACGGAGCUGGGCCGCGGCGGUUCGUCCGGGCGCGCCUCGUACCGCGCGCCCGUCGGCGACGGCCGCGUCGUGGCCAUCAAGAAGCUGCUGCUCGCGAACUCCGCCAUGGACCAGCAGCCCUCGUCUGCCUCUACCAACGCCGCACGCGAGGUGUUCGACCGCGAAGCGCGCGUCCUGGGCGCGGCGAGGCAUCCGAACCUGAUGCCGCUCAAGGGGUACUACUGGACGCCGCGGAUGCAGCUGCUCAUCACCGACUUCGCCCCACACGGCAGCCUCGAGGCGCGCCUCCACGGCAACAACAACAACGGCAACAAUGGCGUGUCGUCGCCGGCACCGAUGACGUGGGAGGAGAGGUUCAGGGUGAUAUCCGGCACGGCGAGCGGGCUGGCACACCUGCACCACUCGUUCCGGCCCCCAUUGAUCCACUACAACGUAAAGCCCAGCAACAUCCUCCUCGACUCCCGCUGCAACCCGCUCAUCUCCGACUUCGGCCUCGCCCGUCUCCAACCGGAGACGAGCCCGAACGAGAAGCGUGGCGGCGCCAUGGGGUACGCGGCGCCGGAGGUGGCGUGCGGGAGCCUACGUGUCAACGAGAAGUGCGACGUGUACGGGUUCGGGGUGGUGGUGCUGGAGACGGUGACGGGGCGGAGGGCCGUGGAGUACGGGGACGAUGACGUGGCCGUGCUGGUGGACCAGGUGAGAUCGGCGCUGGAGACGACGACGACACGUGGCGGCGGCGUGCUGGAUUGGGUGGACCCGGCGAUGGGCGGCGAGUUCCCGGAGGAGGAGGCGGUGCCGGUGCUGAAGCUGGGGAUCGUGUGCACGUCGCAGGUCCCGUCCAACCGGCCGUCCAUGGCCGAGGUGGUCCAGGUCCUGCACGUCAUCAGGGCCCCCUUGCCCGGAAUGGAACCUUUCGGACACUCGUGAUUCAGCUCACUUACGACCUGCAGGGUACGGACACUACGGACGCACGAUUAGUUGGCAGCUGCUUUGCAUGGACCGACCGUGCGUCGCAUGCUGCAACCACGGCAUAUAUUGCAUAGAUCCGCAAGCACUAUAUACCGUGUGCUCUUAAUUCACGAUGCUAGCUCUCUUUGUUCAUGUCACGUGUUUCCUAGUGAAAUUAAUUAGUUAAGGUCCUGGCACGUACAUUGUUUCCAUCUUCGAUUUUUUUUCCAGCUUUUUGGAUGUCAAAAUGUGACUGAUCGAUGCACUACUUCUCUUGUUUUUCACAGUUCCAGUAGUACUCGCUCUAAUUCAUAUUCAAAUUUGCCCAAAUAUAGAUGUAUCUGCGUCUACAUACAUGUAUUUCGUAAUAUGGGUGGGAGGGAGUACAUGGAAUUGAAAUUAUUGCUCA